UUGAAGCGCAGUUACGCAAAACUGUCUUUAAACUUUGACAGUUAAUAAAAAAUAAGUAAUAUUUUAUUAAAAUCUACUGUUAUAGAAGAAAGUGUAUUAGCGAUAAUUUUAAUGUAGAUAAUAAAAUUGCAAAAUGCAGUGGUGGUUGUUUAUCGCUCUUCUAAGCUUUGUUUUGUUAGUAUCUGUUGUUUGUGGGAACCCACCGAAUACUGCCAAUAAUGUCAGAUACCCACCCAAUACCUCCAAAUACCCGCCCAAUACUGCGAAAUACCCAAUCAACACUGCCAGAUGCCCAUCUGAUACCGUCAGACACCCACCCAAUACCGCCAGACACCCACCCAAUACCGCCAAACACACACCCAAUACCCCUAAACAACCACCCAGUACUGCCAAACAUCCACCCAAUACCGCCAAAUACCCGCCCGAUACUGCCAUAUAUCCACCGAAUAAUGGCAGGAAACCAGGCGAUGUUGCCAGAAAAACAUCAAAUAUGGGAAUUGCUAAUGCAAGUAUAAUACACACGAUCCCGUUUCCAACUAAUACUACAAUUGCCAAAUAUUGUUUUUAUGCAAAAAACUGCACGUACAAUCGCAAACAAGUGUGCGGUAUGAACAAAAAAAGGAGAUACAAAAGAUUCCGCGAUUUUUGCGAUAUGAUGAAAUACAACUGUAAUUAUCGGGAUAAUUUCAUCAACACAGCCAUGACUAAAUGUAAGACACUACCUAAUCUUAAAAAGAUCAAGAAGAAAAUCCAACCUUGGGUUAGGUCCUUCCCCAUCACCACAACUACUAAAUUUAACUAUCCACAAGCUUACGUUGGUAAUUACGUAACAACUACGAAAUCUCCGGCUGGACUGGAAAAAAUGUGGGUCUGGUUAUCAGAUAUCCUCCGGUCCUGCUUCGACUCCAAGACCUGCAAGCACAACGGAGUGAAUCAAUGCGCAAUCUCGCCAAAAGGAGAAUUGAAGCUAUUUGCAUCCUCCUGCGAUCUUUUCGAAUAUAAUUGCCGGAAUAAUGCACGUUUCAUAAAAACAGCGGCGGCCAACUGUCGAAAUUUACCACCACUCAAAAACAAUGUGGCGAGAUCAUGAAUACCUACAGCUACGUUUUUUGGUUUUACAGAUAAAUCAUUUUUUCAUAUCAUAUUUUUAUUAUUGUUAUUAAACAUUAAAGACAAUUUGUGGAGAUCA